UCCGUCUCACCCCAACCAAAAUCCCAUGCUAUUGUCACCUCCCCAACCCCCCAGGUCCAACCCUCUCUCUCUCUCUCUCUCUCUCUCUCUCUCUCUAAUGGCCGCGGCGGAGAGCCUCCUAAGAUCCGGCGAGGUCUCCGCCAUGAUCCGCCAAGGCUUCAUCUCCUCCCCAACAUCCGCCGCUGCGGGCGCUCGGCUCUCCCCUAAAUUUUCCUCCCCCUACUCCUCCCCUCCCUCCUUGUCCGCCGCCGCCGCCACGUACCCUUCUCCUCCUCCCCCCAGCUUGCCCUCUCCGAAAGGUUCCACCCUCUUCGAGAUGAUCUCCCAGGAGGACCUCUCCCGCCGGGGACCGCCGCCGCCGCCCUCCUCCGGCGACCAGAAGCGCCGCCGACUGGAGGAGAUGAUCACCAAGAUUCUCUCUACGGAAGGCCCCAGAUGGGGACCCGCGGACGUGGAGCUCUCCGUCAGCUCGGGCGACGGGUUCCGGUUCUCCAUGGCCGUGCACCGCCGGGUGCUCGCCGGCCGAAGCCGGUUCUUCGCGGAGAAGCUGGAGGGGAUCGGCGUUGCCCUCGGGUCCCCCGUGGUCGUAGAGAUCUGCGAGUGCGAUGACGUCGAGGUUUAUGCGGAGGCAGUCGGGCUGAUGUACUGCCGGGAUCUCAGGCUUGCCGGGAAGGAAGUCCCCAUGGUUCUUGGAUUGCUCAAGGUUUCAAUGGAUGUUAUGUUCGAUGCUGGAGUCAGGGCAUGCCUGGAUUAUUUGGAGGUCGUUCCUUGGUCUGAGGAUGAGGAGGAGAAGGUGAUAUCUGUCCUCAGCCAGCUUCAGCUCCACGAGCCGCUGAAUGAGAUUCUGCAAAGAGUUUCUGUGGAACCAUCCACUUCUUCAGGUGCUGGCACCAUUUUCUUCCGGGUUCUGGCUGGUGUGCUGCAAGGCAAAGAUGAGAAAGCUCGGCGAGAAAUGAAAGCCUUGUUAUCCGGAUUGCUCGGGGAAGGGAAAGAUCAGAGGAAGAACUAUGCCACCAAGAUUGAUGUAUCGAGGGAAACUCUCUACCACUUCUGCAAGAAAUGUCUCAAUUCUCUCCAUCUGUGUUUGUCCGAGGCAGCAAAAGCCGAUGAAGGGCGACGGGACCGGGGGAGCAUAAUGGGCGAGGUAGCUCGAGAAGCUGACAACAUUCAGUGGCUUCUUGAGAUUCUGAUAAGCAAGAGGAUGUGCGAUGAGUUUGUGACCUUGUGGGCUGACCAGACGGAGCUCGCUCUCUGCCACUCCAAGAUCCCAUGUAUGUAUAGAUAUGAGAUUAGCAGGAUCACUGCUCAGCUGUGCAUUGCGAUAGGCAAAGGGCAUCUCUUGGUAUCCAAGGAGGCAAGGAUUUCUCUGCUGCGGACUUGGUUGGAAGCUCUCUAUGAAGACUUCGGUUGGAUGAAGAGAGCUUGCAGGAUUUUUGACAAAAAGAUGGUGGAGGAUGGACUGUGUCAGACGAUUCUAACCUUGCCAAUGGCGCAGCAGCAGACUAUCUUGUUGAGGUGGUUCGAUUGUUUUCUGAAUAAAGGAGAUGACUGCCCCAACAUGCAGAGAGCAUUUGAGGUCUGGUGGAGAAGAGCAUUUGUGAGGCAGUAUGCAGGAAAUCAGGAUCAUUCAGGGCUGCAAAUUGCUGCGUGAUAACCCCGCAUGAAGGUAAGCUGCACUAUCAGAUAUGUUGACCCAAGGAUGUAGAUAGAUGUGAUCUGGAGAUGUAGAUAACGGCUGCUUCUUCUUCUUUUUCUUUUUUCAGAAAAGAGAAAAAAAAUAAAUAAACUGUGCCAUGCGAUUUCUUUCGUUCGUGUAUUCAGCUGUAUACUAAUUCUUUAUUAUUCAUUUUGAAAGGAAAUCGAUUAACAGGGAAAAAUAUUAAUGAUCA